AGUCGGUCGUGCACGCGCAGUCUGGCGCUGUCUGAGGACUUACCGUUAUCUGUCUGUUCGAUGGGACUAAAAUGGCUAGUAGAAUGGAAAAUCUACUCGGAGAAAAUGUCAUCAGAAACAACGGAGAGAAAUUUUCUGUGAAGUCAUUGUGUGGCAAGGAUAAGAUCGUUGGAAUAUACUUCUCGGCGAACUGGUGUCCGCCUUGUCGGAACUUCACGCCGAAACUGACGGAUUUUUACAAGCAAAUUAAGAAAUCCGAGAAAGGAAGUUCCUUUGAGAUUGUGUUUGUAAGUUGGGACAAAGAUGAUGCCAGCUUCAGGGAACAUUUGAAAACAAUGCCAUGGCUUGCAGUGCCUUAUUCAGACAGGGAACGUAAGGACAAACUAACGAAGAAGUUCCGCGUUCAGGGAAUUCCCAAGUUCGUUCUGCUUGACGGAGAGACGGGGAAAGUGAUAACCAUCGAUGGCUUUCUUCACCUCUGUGAGGAUGAGAAUGGACUGGAGUUCCCAUGGCGCACAAAACCACUACACGACAUCAUCAAGGGGACACUACUCCACGGCAAAGAGGAAGUGGAUGCCACCACGGCUCUCAGAGGAAAAAUCGUUGGACUUUAUUUUUCAGCUCAUUGGUGUCCCCCGUGUCGCCAUUUCACCCCGGAGCUGUGCCGGACUUAUGAGAAGUUGAAAGAAGAGGGUCGCAACUUUGAGGUGGUCUUCAUCUCAUCUGACCGCAGCAAGGAGUCGUUUCUGCAGUACUACAGUAGCAUGCCGUGGCUAGCUCUGCCGUUUGACGACGCACGUACCCGGUCGCUCACCAGGCAGUUUGGCAUCGAUGGUAUUCCUACACUGGUAAUGGCGGACGAGAAGGGAAAUGUGAUAACAGUGAAUGGAAGAGCUGCUCUUCUGUAUGACAGAGAUGCCACUGAGUUUCCGUGGUAUCCCAAGCCUCUGAACGAACUGACCCAGAAUGCAGCAAUGCAGCUUAAUGAAUCUGUUUGUCUUGUCAUGUUUACAGAAGGUGAAGAUGAUGAGAUAGAACGUGCGGUCGAGAUCCUGACAGACGUGGCUACACGGGAACACCAGAAGGGUGAUGAACAAGAACUGUUCUUCUUCUACGGGGGAGAUGAUGAAUUAUGUGAUCAAGUGCGAGACUUCGCCAAACUGGAAGAGAUCAGUCCGCUCCUGGUUAUCCUUGACCUUCCCGAUCAGCAGGUGUUCGUGUGUGAAGAAACCGACAUAACGAAAGACGUUGCCACUAAUUUUGUCGACAACUACUUGGCUGGAAAACUGUCGCCACGGUCUUUAAGACCAAACAAGGCCACAUAGUGUUGGUCUUGUAGUUACAGUUAUUGUAAAUAAUAUCUGAACUUAGGAGCUGAAUGUUUAUGUAUCAUUCUAAAUGAUGCUGCAUUUUUGUUUAUGAAGUCAAAAUAGGUAGGAGAGAGCUGCUUUUUACAUAUCAUAUAUGUAUAUUUGAAAAUAUUGCAAGAAGUUUCCUAAAUUCCCUAUCGUUCUGAGAGCAGAACUUUUUUUUUUUUUUUUUUAAUAUAUAUAUACAGUAAAGUACUUUUAGAACGAACACGCUUACAACAAACUACCAGUUAGAACGAACUGAUUGUAAGGUCCCGUUGUUUCCCCUAUAUAAUGUUAAUACAUUUUAAUGUAUAGAAUGAACUAUGUAUAGCGAAUUAACUGUUAAAACGAAAAAAAAAUUGGUCAAAAUUUUAGUGUAAAUAUAAUGUAUAUAAAAUGAACCGAUCAUAAUUUUUAUAAAUCUUGUUUGUAUCUUAUCAGUUAGUAGCAUUAACGACAAUGCAUCCAAAACGACUGUAUUGAUAUUGGUGCUAAUAAAUGAAAUCUUUUUUAAAACCCCACUCUUUCUUGUAUUUAAAUUAGAAAAAUCCAAAAUGGCCGACUUCAUGAACGAAAAUGGCUAACUUCCACAAAUGUGUAUAACGAACUAGAACUACUACUAUAACGAACCAAUGUGUCUGGUCCCUUGCUGUUCGUUAUAACAGUACUUUACUGUAUAGCCAGUAAAAUAAUUUUGGAGAUUUUGACAAAACAAAUUUGUUAUACAUUUAGUUUUAGGCUUUUUUAUGUUUUCCUCUUCUAAAGUGGAGUAAAAUUAAAACAAAAUUUUGGUGGUUUCUUAUACCCAAACCUUUUUUGUUUUAAAACCAUAAUUACAUCUCUCUUUUUUAAAAUGCCAGAAUCCAAUGUAUUUUUAUGUGGAAAACUGUUGCAAACCUUUUUAUCUUCUACAUGUAUCUAUAAAUGUCAGAGGAAAGAAAGGCCAUUCUAAAGUUGCAAACCAUGUUUGGUCUAUUUAAUUACAUAUAAAUAAUAAGGCUUUGUUUUUAAAAUACCUUUUAAAUACAUUCUUUAAUAUUAUAAAUAUAUUUUUAAUUAUUUUAAUAAUUGACCAUAUUUUGUUUUAUUAAUAUUAGUUACAGUUUAAAAAUUACAUAUAUUCUAAAACUAGCAUUAUGACUUCAGUAAAUAUAUUUGAAAACUUAACUUUUUUUUUUCUUCAAAUUUCUCCAAUGUUUUUAAUAAUGGUAUCUUGGUGUAGUUUGACUUUAUGUGCUAUACUCAGUCAGGUUUGAAGUUUUGAAGUUUUGAUAUUUUAAAUAUUGUUUUUACACAAUUCCUGGCAGCUCAGUCUGAUUUGACUUUUUCAUCUUUUUAAUACAAAACAUUACAAUACUGGUAAAUUAAUAAACUAAUCUGACUUCA